AUGUCUCGUGUUUCCGCCGUGCUACCUUGAGACAGGCCAGCCGAUUGAGAGUUUUUGCUACUUCAAUAUUAGCUAAUAACUUCCUUUCGACUCCGGAUCUCCUGCCCACACAAACUCUGCCCACGUCUCCUUUCGGGAAGCCUGGAAACAGUGUAACUGGAAAUAGAUAAAGAAGAGGGAUGAGAGUAGCGUAGAGUAGAGCAGAGAUGGCUGUCCUCCCAACAUUUCGUCAUCUCCUCAACCACCUCCUUCGCUCCACUUCAAUAACAACGACAACAAAAGUAGCAGCGAAGAACUCCCACCUUCCCCACAUUUCAAAUCGGACUGCGAGAAUCUCCCUAUGCUGCUCUCCCUCUCAAAUUCCCCAACCUCAACUUACACCUAAGUUGAACUCCCAUGAAACCCUAAGACCUUCUCUCGCCGCAAAAGAGAAAGCCUUUGUUCUAACAAAAGAUGAAAGGUUGGGUUCGUCUCCUAUUAGCGCUGAGCAUAUCGAGAGUUCGAGCACGAUUGCUGCCAUCGUCACUCCCUUGGGUGGUCGGCCGGGUGCGGUCGGGAUUGUUCGGUUAUCAGGCCCUAUGGCUGUGACAAUUGCUGCUCGUGUCUUUCGGCCCGCGAGGAAUAGGAAGAAGAAAAACUCCAAUUCUGAGUGGAAGCCCACAAGCCACUUUGUGGAGUAUGGUGUGGUUUCCGACCUCCACGGAAAUGUCGUUGACGAGGUUUUAGCAGUACCGAUGUUGGCACCUAGAUCCUAUACUCGGGAGGAUGUGGUGGAACUCCAGUGCCAUGGAAGUGAUGUAUGCCUGCAGCGCGUUUUGAGAGCCAGUUUAGAGGCAGGAGCAAGACUUGCAGAGCCAGGGGAGUUCACUCUCCGUGCCUUUCUCAAUGGACGUUUAGAUCUCUCCCAAGCUGAAAAUGUUGGAAAGCUAAUUUCAGCCAAGUCUGUGGCAUCCGCAGAUGCAGCAUUGGAAGGAAUUCAGGGAGGUUUCUCUUCUUUAGUCAAAUCACUAAGAGCCCAGUGUAUUGAGUUGCUUACUGAGAUUGAAGCUCGCUUGGAUUUUGAUGAUGAAAUGCCGCCUCUGGACUCCGACAUGUUAAUAAAUAAGAUUCAUGCCAUACAGAAAGCAGUAGAGCAGGCAUUAGAGACUGCCAAUUAUGACAAGUUGUUGCAAUCUGGAUUGCAGAUAGCAAUUGUUGGUCGGCCAAAUGUUGGGAAGUCAAGCCUCCUUAAUGCUUGGAGCAAAAGUGAGAGAGCAAUAGUUACUGCAAUUGCUGGAACCACGAGGGAUGUGGUUGAAGCCAGUGUUACUGUUCAAGGUAUCCCUGUCACUCUUCUUGAUACAGCAGGGAUCAGGGAAACUAAUGAUAUUGUGGAGAGGAUUGGUGUGGAGAGAUCUGAAGCUGUUGCCAUGGGUGCUGAUGUGAUUAUCAUGACUAUUAGUGCCCUUGAUGGGUGGACUUCUGAUGAUACCAAACUUCUCAAUAGAAUUCAAAUUAAUAAGGAGGCAAAAGGUUCUUCUGCACCAAUGGUUCUUGUAAUCAACAAGAUAGAUUGUGCUUCAUCGGUUUCCAUUGAAGUGCCGAAGGCAGGUGGAAAUCCUUUCAACAAGCAUAUUUUUACAUGUGCAGUCACCGGCCAAGGAAUAUUGGAUCUCGAAUCUGCGAUACUGGAGAUUGCAGGCCUUGACCAGAUCUCAGAGGGUGGACGCCGAUGGACUGUAAACCAGAGACAAUGUGAGCAGCUCGUCAGGACCAAGGAAGCACUGCUGAGGCUGAGGUCAUCCAUAGAAGAGGAGUUGCCUUUGGACUUUUGGACAAUUGACUUGAGAGAAGCUGUAUUGGCCCUUGGACAGAUUAGUGGUGAAGAUAUAUCCGAAGAAGUUUUGUCCAACAUAUUUAGCAAGUUUUGUAUAGGUAAAUAAAUCACGGAUGACUCAGAUAUAACAUUUGUAUAUUCAACUCAACUGAACAGAGCCUUGUUCUGCUAUUUGUUUAUUUACUUAUUGGCUACUUGGACGCUGGUUAUUCUUCCCCCAUGUUGUCAUCUUUGCUGUAUAUUAAGAAAUUUUGUUUUCCUUGUGAAA